AUGACCUCAUUUGGAGCGGCAGAAACUAUUGUCGAAAAUUAUAUGCCUACAUUUAAAAUAAGAGGUCAAGUGUAUCAUUUAGCCGGAUCGCUGAUGCCUUUACCAAAUACAAAUCAUAAAUAUUUACAAGUUUAUUUUAUGGAUGACGAAGAGGAACAAAUAGAUGCGCGAAUGGGUGUUUGCAGUGGAUUGAAUAAAGAUAUUAUAAGAGAUUUGCAAUUAUUGUUACAUAAUGUCAAUCCUUUAAUUACGAAGUUCAAAACUGCAUUGGAUCAUAUGCCCACUGAUCAAUACCGAAUAGUCAUAAAUGCAAAUAUGGUUCCUCGAGGUCAACAUAGAGGUAGAUUUAAUGCACCAUCUCAAGUAGAAAUGGCUGUAAUAAUGAUUGGAGAAGAAUAUGGAAAUCGCGAUUUAAUUUUAUCUAGAAAAGAUGAAAAGUUACAACGAAUAAGUGAAACUCAUAGGUCUUAUGAUUCUCUAGAAUAUCCACUGAUAUUUCUAUACGGUGAAGAUGGUUAUGCUAUUGAUAUUUUGUCAUUUAAUGUUAAUUUAAAUGAAUACAAUAGUCAUAAAACUGUUUCUUCAAAACAGUAUUAUGCUUAUAGAAUGAUGGUUGAUAUGUAUGCCAAAAUAGAAUCAGAACGGCUUUUAUUUAUACGAAAUAAUCAGUCAAAAUUAAGAGCGGAAGAUUACAUUCAUUUACGUGAUGCUAUAGAAAAUGAUGGUCAUGUGAAUGACAUUGGACAACUUUUUAUUUUACCUUCUUCAUUUACAGGAGGUCCAAGAUACAUGCACGAAAAAACUAUGGAUGCCAUGACUUACGUUCGUAAUUUUGGAACUCCAAAUUUGUUCAUUACAUUUACAUGUAAUCCAAAUUGGACGGAAAUAAAAAGAGAACUCAAACAUGGUCAAACCCCACAAGACAGACACGAUAUUAUCGCUAGAGUUUUUCAUCAAAAACUUAAAGUUCUAAUGAACUUAAUUGUGAAACAUCGUAUAUUUGGUGAAACGCAGUGUUAUAUGUAUACUGUUGAGUGGCAAAAACGUGGUCUUCCUCAUGUUCAUUUAUUGGUUUGGUUAGUUGAUAAAAUUAGACCAAAUGAUGUCGAUAGUAUAAUAAGUGCUGAGUUACCAAAUCCCGAUAUUGAUCCUGAACUAUUUGAAAUAGUUAAAAAACACAUGGUGCAUGGCCCAUGUGGCUAUAUGAAUCCAAAUUCUCCAUGUAUGGGAGAAAACCAAAAAUGUUCAAAAAGGUAUCCGAAAGCAUUUACUAACAGUACUAUUACUGAAGAUGAUGGAUAUCCUUUAUACAGACGAAGGGCUUUUGGAAGUGGUGGAUUUAAAUCAACU